UUGUCUUUCCCAUUAAAAACCCCCCCAAAAAAAACUCCCUUGUCUUUCCAACGUCACCGCUCCUCCCCCAUCCCGCCGCCGAUGCCCCUCCGUGCUCGCGCGCUCUGCUUAAUGGUGCUCGCGCCCUCCAAUCCGGCGCCCGCCUGCCGCGGCUCGACAGCGUUCCGCCCCCACGGGGCCCACCACCUCCUCCUCCCCCACGCCGGCCGCCUCCUCGCCUGCCGCGCCGCCCCUGCCCCGCACCACCUCCCGCCUCCGCCCGCUCCGGAUGUCGGCCUCCAACCACUCCGGCGCCGGCGCCAGCUUCCCCUCCGCCCCCUCGCCGCCCCCGGCCCUCACGGCCGCCACUGCCACACCAGCCGCCGCCGCCGCCGCAGCCCCGUCCACGUCGUCCUUGUCCUUCCCCGUCCCUGCUAUCGAUGGUGAGGAUGACGAUGAGGACGUCGACGAGUUCAACGGCUUCGACGCACUGAGCGAGUACGAUGCUGGCGUGACGGAGAUCGACGAGGAGGAUGAAAAGGCCCUCGCUGCAUUCAUGUCCAAGGAAACCUCCUCCAAACGAUCGCUUGGUGAUAUCAUCCUCCAGAAGAUCAGAGAGAAGGACGCCACUGUCUCAACAUGCUUUCUCCGUGAUUAAUAUAAAUUAUGCAAGGAUCAGAGGAAGGAGGGGAGCUGGCCUUCUUCAUGUCUCGGGGGAGUGUCUUCCUUGGAUUCAACAAGAAGGGGACCCGGCCUUCUUCAUGUCUCGUGCAACAAGGGUGAUCGACGCGGACUACCACAGCCCGGUGGGUGUCGUGCUCUUCAACCACUAGGAGGCGGACUUCGCCGUGAAGCCCGGAGACUGCGUCGUGCAGAUGACCAUCCAGGUGAUUGCGAAUUGCGACACCGGAGGUCGCCGAGGUGGAGGACCUCGACGCCACCGUCCGGCGGGAGGGAGGGUUCGGGUCCACCGGUUGUUGAACUCCGAGUCUUGGUAGAUACAUCUAGACAAGUGGUCUGGUUGUUUGCGUUUGGUGUUAAAUGGGAUAUCGUGAACUCUACGAGUUGAGAUGUUCAAUGUUGCGUCCAUCAACGCUGCAAGUGCUAAGAUUGGUUCUGUGAUCUUAGUUUAUUUUGCACUGGACAUGUCUUGAUUUCCA